UUUGUUCUGAUGCGCUGGGGUUGGCAUCUCUUAGUUACUCCGUCCAGGUGCAUUUGGAAACCUCUUUGGGUGCAUAAGGGGUUCUGGAGCGGGUUUAAUUCCUUAAUUGUGUCUACCAAUCGAUCAGAUACUAGUGAUGCUUACACAUACACGCACAGGUUUACUCAGCCUAAAAUCACUCUUUUUUGGGUUCAAUUUUGCUGUUUGGACUGGCUAAAGGUUGAACCUCUGCCGAGCUCCAGUUCUUGUUCUUGCCCUGUGGUGGAUCUAGCAGUAAAGAGUUUUUAUUUUGUGGAGUAAUAAGCAGUAAACAGUAGCGCCCACAUGAGUGUUAAUUUCUCGUACCAGCAUGUUCCUGGCUCUUGUUUAGAAUUGACUCAAACCAGCUACUUUCACAUGAGCUGUAACUUGUCGGGAGCUAGUAGUAGAGCUUAGAAAUGUGUGAGCUGGGCUUGGACUUUGGACUUUGGAGCACUGGUGAUUAGUCAUUUGCUGGCUCUGAUUAAGAAAUUGGUCCUUGUCUUUAAGUGCAGAUGAAGCAAUUGCGUGCUGCUCUAGACCUUGUAGUCAGUAAACAACGCUGUAAAUCUGGACGCACAUUGCCAUGUGCAGCAGUUCCGACCAUCUAUCUCCAAGGCCACAUUAUCUCCAGAGUUUCUUAACAGUUCUCUCUUUUUCUGUGGCAAGUGUCAACCUUUGUUUAGUGGAUUCUCUGACGAAGCAGUUUUUCUCAGCAAUGUUAAAGCUAAGUCGUUUUAGUCCUAAGCGUGCCCAGAGAUUCCACAAGGUUGGUUACCUAUCUGGUACAAACAAAUGAAGGCGCUGCUGAUCUAGUUCCCCCAUUUGAAGACUUGACAGAUGGAUCGUCUCAGUCUUAGAAGCCCUUUCCAUCUCCUGCUGUCACUACAUUUGUUACUAUCGUCAUUCAACCCCUUGGCAGUAGCGGACUUAGCCUCUGAGAAGCAAGCCCUUCUUGCCUUUGCCUCUGAAGUCUAUCGCGGCAACAAGCUCAACUGGGACCAAAGCACAUCAGUGUGUUCAUGGCAUGGCGUUACAUGCUCAGGGGAUCAGUCACGCAUAUUUGAGUUGAGGGUGCCAGGUGCAGGACUCAUUGGAGAAAUCCCUCCAAACACUCUUGGAAAGCUUGAUUCUCUCCAAGUUCUGAGCCUGCGGUCUAAUCGCUUAUCUGGAAGCCUUCCAUCUGAUGUGGCCUUGCUUCCUUCUUUACGUUACAUAUACCUUCAGCACAAUGAACUUACAGGAGAUUUGCCUUCUUCUUUCAAUCCUAACCUUAGUGUAUUGGAGCUGUCCUACAAUUCCUUCAUUGGAAAAAUUCCUACAAGCUUAGAAAACCUUACUGAGUUAUCUCUCCUAAAUUUACAAGAAAAUUCUCUCUCUGGAUCAAUUCCUGAUCUGAAGCUUCCAAGUCUAAGACUGUUAAAUCUGAGCAACAAUGAGCUGAAAGGCCCAAUUCCUCGCUCGCUCCAAAGGUUCCCGAAUGGCUCGUUCUUAGGGAAUCCUGAAUUAUGCGGGCCGCCCCUAGAUGAUUGUUCAUUUUCUCUUUCGCCAACACCCUCACCAGAAUUGCCUUCAUCUCCACCACAUCCGGUGUCACCGCAUCACGAGAAGAAACCUGGUACAGGGUUGAUAAUUGCAGUUGCUAUUGGAGGAUUGGCUGUGCUGAUGCUAAUUGUGGUUGUGCUGAUUGUGUGCCUUUCAAAGAGGAAGAGCAAGAAAGAGAGUGGUGUCAACCACAAGGGUAAGGGAACUGGUGUCAGGAGUGAGAAACCAAAACAGGAAUUCAGUGGCGGUGUCCAAACUGCUGAGAAGAAUAAGUUGGUUUUCUUGGAAGGUUGCACCUAUAGCUUUGACCUGGAGGAUCUACUAAGAGCUUCUGCAGAAGUCCUUGGCAAAGGGAGUUAUGGGACUGCUUACAAAGCUAUACUCGAGGAUGGUACUGUCGUGGUUGUUAAGAGACUAAAAGAUGUCGUGGCAGGGAAAAGGGAGUUUGAGCAGCAGAUGGAGCUCAUCGGGAGGCUGGGCAACCAUGCAAAUCUAGUCCCGCUUCGUGCUUUCUACUAUUCCAAGGAUGAGAAGCUUGUCGUCUAUGAUUACGUUACCACCGGCAGCUUUUCUGCCAUGUUGCAUGGUAUCAGGGGUGUUUCUGAAAAGACACUGCUAGAUUGGAAUACCAGGGUGAAGGUCAUACUUGGAACAGCAUAUGGCAUUGCACACAUUCAUGCAGAAGGUGGCGGCAAGCUCACCCAUGGCAAUAUCAAGUCAACCAACGUCCUCAUCGAUCAGGAUCACAAUCCUUACGUUUCAGACUACGGUCUCAACUCUCUGAUGAAUGCCCCUGUCAGCGCAUCCCGCGUCGUGGUUGGUUAUCGUGCUCCAGAGACCGUUGAGAGCCGGAAAAUCACGCAGAAGUCUGAUGUGUACUGCUUCGGCGUCCUCCUCAUGGAGAUGCUCACCGGGAAGGCGCCGCUGCAGUCACAGGGUAACGACGACGUCGUCGACCUCCCAAGAUGGGUGCACUCGGUGGUCCGAGAGGAGUGGACGGCCGAGGUGUUUGACGUCGAGCUGAUGAAGCACCAGAACAUCGAGGAGGAACUGGUCCAGAUGCUCCAGAUCGCGAUGGCGUGCACGUCGGGCCCGCCAGAGCGCCGCCCGGCGAUGGAGGAAGUCAUCAGGAUGAUCGAGGGGCUCCGUCAUUCUGGCCCCGAGAGCCGCGACUCCGCCGAUGAGAAACUCAAGGACUCCAACCCUCCUCCAGUCUAGUUCUAGUGCUGCUGCCCUCUCAUCAAACCUCCAGAUGAUGCCCCAUUCGAUUCGUUAGCUAAUUUGUGAUUUGAGUUCCUUCGUUGCCAACAUUGGCUGACACCAGGUGCAGAACCUCAAUUGAUUUAGCGUUUGGAUUGUAACUUUGUACCUUGGCAGGUGUAGAAUUUCUCAUUGGGAGAUUGAUUCGUUUAUAUAACUGUUCA